CAGAGGCUGGUUUAAUUGAUUUAUUUGUCCCAUAACUGUGAGAAGUCAGAAAAAUCAGAUUCUCAUACUAAAAAAUAAUAGUUUGAGUAUUCAAGGACAGUAGCCAUUUGACUUUGGUUAUUCAAGAUGCAGAAGAGGCAAGGAUAUUGCAGCUAUUGCCGUGUGCAGUAUACCAGCUUGGAACAGCAUUUAUUUAGUGCUCAACACAGAAGCUUGACUAGACAGAGUAGACAACGAUCAGGUACCAACACUUUGAUGGAACGUUUCUUGCAGGAUGUACUGCGGCACCACCCCUAUCAUUAUCAAGAAAGCAGAGCAGUGCAAAAUGAGAUACUUACGAGUACCGAAUCACCUGAAGUGGUUCCAUUGGAUGAGUCUGUUCCUGAGGAAAAAGCUGAGGAUGCUGCUGGAGCUGGGGCUGGAGAUGGAGAUGGAGCUGCAGCUGCAGCUGCAGCUGCAGCUGCAGCUGCAGCUGGAGCUGCAGCUGGAGGAGAGACACCUUCCACCAGUGCUGAACCUGUUGAAGACGUACAACCCACAUCGAGCAAAUCUCAGGAAUCUACCAUGGAGCUUUCAGUUCGACCAUCAGUUAUUCAAAAAUUGGAGAAGGGACAACAGCAGCCCUUGGAGUUUGUUCCUAAGACUGGGAGCGGUAUGAAAAAAUCUAAUCCAGUAGAUAUUGGUCAAGCUACAAAUAAUGGAAAAAAUUUAAUGCGCCCCCCAGUGAUUUAUAGUGCUCCAGCUAGUUGUUUAUCUGAAAGUUCUUAUGAUAGAUCAGUUAUAACUAAUGCUACUAAGUUACUGCUAGGAGCCCAUUUGGAUUCAGUUAGCAAAUGUGACCCAAACAAAGUUGAUAGACACUUUGAACAGCUAGACAGGGUCUCUAGAAAUCCUGUGCCAUCAUCUUAUCUAGAAACUUCUUCAGUUUCAUAUCAGAAGCCUAAAGAGUCAAAUGGGAAAGUAUGUAAAUCGAAUAGGAAAGGUAUAAAAUCUCAGGGUAAACCUUUGUCAAGUGACUUUACAUUUCAUGAACUUAGGGGAACUGAGGGCUCCUUUGGUGUUGAGUCUCCUUCUGAAUCUGCAGUAAACUCAGUAGUUAAACUGAAUAAAACCAACCUAUGUCCUAAUAAAGUGAUUUUUAAAGAUGUCAUUCCAAAGCACCAAGAGGAAUCCUUUUCUGAUGUGGAUUAUACCCAAGAAGAAAAUAAUUUGGUUUUUAACAAGUCAGCCUUUUUGAAGCAGAAGUGCUCAGUGAAUUCUGAAAUGAGGUUUGAUUAUGGCUCUUAUCAGUCAGCAUUGAAUCUACCCCAAGAGUCUGUACAAGACUUAAGCCCUUGGAAAGAGGAGCAAAUUGACCAAGAAAAUAAGAACUAUGGAUCUAGAGGUUCUCAAAUGAUUUUUGAUCCUAGUUCCUCUUUUCUGUCACUGAUUGACCAAUCUACAGUGACUACCAAAGAAAGUAACUUUUCAGCGGAAGUAUGUGCUGAUUUGCAGUUUAAGAAUAACAAAUCUUGUACUUCUGAAAUAAGUUCUGAUUAUGAUGACUCUCUUCAGUUGGGUACUAACCAAUCUCAAGUGAUUGUUAAAGAAACAGGUCUACGGAAUGCAAUGCGUAUUAGCCUGGUUGACCAAAGCUAUGAAUCUAGUAGUUCUGAAAUGAAUUUUGAUUGUGAUGACUCACUUCAAUCAACUAGUGACUAUCUCCAACAGCCUGCAAAAGAAGUAAAUUUUCACAGGGAAGUGCACAUUGAUUUGGUUGAUAAGAACUAUGGAUCUAGUAGCUCUGAAGUAAGUGCUGAAUCUGUUUUCCCACUUCAGUCAGUGAUUGACCAGUUUCCAGUGACUGUCCCAGAAACAAAACUUCAGAAUAAGGUUCACAUUGUCUUCAAUGAUAAGAACUGUGGCUCCAACUGUUCUGAAACAAGUUCUGAUUGUGAUGUUUCUCUUCAGUCAGUAGUUGACCGUCCCCAACUGACUGUCACGGAAAGAAACCAGAAAGAAGGAUGUGUCCACCUGAAAGAUAACCAUAAAUUCCUUAGUACAGAUCUUGAUUCUGAAGUCUCUCUUGAGACAAUGGCUGAAGAACCCGUGAGGGCAGUUGAAAUAAAUCUCAUGAGGGAGAAGAAUGGUGACCUUGAUAUGAACUGUGAAUCUCAUGCUCCUGAAAUGGGCUUUCAUGCUGAUGGUCAAUUAGUGGCUGGCCAAUCUCAAGAAGGAAUUAAAGAAGUAAACUCUCAGAAAGAAGAUACUGACCUGGAGAGUAAGAGUGUUCAGUCUAUCAUUUCUAAUUUAAGUUUUGAUUCUCAUGCUUCUCUUUAUCCAUCAGCUAAUGAUCAACUACAAGGGGCUUUGGAUGAAGCAAAUCUUAAUGCAUUAAAUGUUGACAUGGAAGUUAACAGCUAUGAGUAUUCCAGUUCUGAGUUAACUUUUGAUUCUGAUCCUGUUGCAUCAGUCAUUCAGCUGAAUGUGGAAAGAAUGAAAGAACACAACCUGGAAGAGAGCUGUGAAUCAAGUGGUUCUGAAAUAACUUUUGACUCUGAUAUUCUUGCUUGCUCAGCUAUUGAUCUGGAAAAUAAAAGUAAUGAAUCUUGUGUUUCUGAAAUCACUUUUGAUUCUGAUAUUACUCUUCAUUCAGAAAGUGAUCAGCCUGAAUUAGUUGUUAACGAAAUAAGCAUUCAGAAAGAAAAGUACAUACACUUAGAAAGAAAGAAUGAUGAAUCCACUGGUUCUAAAGUAAAUUUAGACUCUUUUGCCCCUCUUCAUUCAGUGACAAAGCUUCCUGACGUAGCUGUUAAAAAGCUCCAUCCUCAAAAAGAAGAGCAAGUGUACUUGGAAAACAAGGAAAAACAACCCGGAGACCCCGAAGUAAGUUUGAAUUAUGAUAUCAUUUUCCAAUCAGUGACUGAAUAUUCUGAAGUCCCUGUUAAAGAAACAAACCUUCAAAAAGAAAAGCACCUACACUUAGAAAAUAAGGGUAAUAAAUUAAGUGCUUCUGAAACAAGUUUGCAUUCUGAUAUCCCGCUCCAAGAGUCAGUGACUAAGAAACCUAAAGUAGUCAUUGAUGAAAGACAGCUCCAAAAAGAAAAACAUACUGAAUUCCAAAGUAAAAGAACUGAAUUUAGUGAUUCUGAAAUAAAUUUAAGUCCUGCUGUUCCUCACUAUUCAGUGACUAAUCCUCAAGUAGCUGUUAAAAAAACAAAUAGAAAGAAGAAACGUAUUCAGAAAAACAAGACAGAAAAGGUGUCUGAUGUCCUUCCUCAGUCAAUGACUGAACAGCCUCAAGUAGCUGUUUUAAAGGAGGACCAUGUUGACCCAGAAAACAAGAACAGUGAAACUAGAGAUUCUGAAAUGAGAUUUGAUUCUGAUGGUGCUCUUCAGUCACUGCCUGGACAACUUCAGAAAACGGUUAAAAAGACAAACUUGUGGGAGGAAAAGGGUAUUGACUUGGAAGGUAAGAUCGAAGAACCUAAUGGUUCUAAAUUAGUACACGAUGGUGAUAUUUCUCUUCAUCUUGUGGCCAAUCUAUCCAAAGUAGCUAUGAAACAAAUAAACUUUGAAAAUGAAGAUAAUAUGUCCUUGGAAAUUAAGAACAGCCAGUAUAGUUGUCCUGAAAUGAGUCUGAAUUCUGAUUUCUUGGCUCAGUCAAUAGCUGAUCGACCUCAGAUAACUAUUUUAGAGCAUGAACAUAUGGAACAAGAAGGUAAGGACAGUGAAUCUUAUGGUUCUGAAAUAAGUUUUGAUUCUGAUGACCCUCUUCAGUCAGUGGCUGACCAACUUAGAGAAACUGUUAAAGAAAUAAGCCUUUGGAAGGAUGAAGACGUUUAUAUGGAAGAUAAGAGGGAUGAAGCUCAGGGUUUUGAAAUUUUAUAUGAUUCUGAUGUCCUCCUUGAAUCAGAGGCUAGCCAAACUGAAGAAGUAGAUAAGGAGACCAGCCUUUGGAAAGAGCAUGUUGUUUUGGAAGAUAAUAUUGGUGAACACAGUGAUUCUAAAAUCAAUUUUAAUUCUCAAGGACCUCAUCAGUGUGUGACUAAUAAAAUUCAAGAGGCUAAGGAACAUGUUUGUCUGGAUGAUAAAGGCUAUGAGCACAAGGACCCUAAGAUAAUUUAUGUUUCGGAUCUCCCUAUUCAGUCAGUGAUUGAGCAACCACAAAUUUUGGAAGAGGAGCGUGCCAGUUUGGGAGAUAAGAGCAGUGAUCCUUGUAGUCCUGAAAUAAGUUUUGAUUCCAAAGGUUUUUUUCAGUCAGCAGGUGAGCAGUUUCAACAGUCUGUCAAAGAAAUAAAUCUUUGGAAGGAAGACCACAUUUACCUGGAAGAUAAAAGUUAUAAACUAGGUGAUUUUGAAGUAAGUUAUGACUCUGAUGUUGCUGUUCAGUUCAUGCCUAAUCAACCUGCUGUGUCUGUCAAAGAAAUAAAUUUGCAUGAGAGGAAUCAUGAUGACCUAGGAAAUAAGAACUAUAAGUCCUGUGGUUCUAAAACAAAAUGUGUCUCUGGUAUUCAUCUUCGGUCAGAAGUUGACCAAUCUCAAGUGGCUUACAAAGAAACAAAGCUUCAGAAAGAAGAGCCUCUUAACAUGGAAGAAAAGACCAAUGAAUCUAGUGACUCUGAAAUGGUAUGUGAUUCUCAUGUCCCUUUUCAAAUAGUAGUUAACCAAUUUCAAAUGCCAGUCAAAGAAAUAAAUCUGCCAAAGAUGGUACUUGUCGAUCCAAUGACCAGUGAUAGUGACUGUGAAGUAAUUUCAGAUUCUGAUCUCCCUCUUCAGUUAGUGACUGACCCAUCUCAAAUAACUGUCAAAGACAUCAACUGUUUAAAUGCUGAAGGUAUUGAUGUAGAGGAAAAGAGUUAUGACUCUUGUGGUUCUGAAGUAAGAUAUGUUUUUGAAGCCCCUCUUCAGUCAGUGACAAACCAACUUAAAGAGACUUUCAAAAUAAUAAACCGGAAGAAAGACUAUAUUAUUCUGGGAGAUUCAAGUUGUCAGUCUUGUGGCCCUGAGAUAAAUUUUAAUGUUGAUGCCUCUAAUCAGACCAUGACUUACCAGUCACAAGAACCUGUUGAAGAAAUGGUGAAAUAUAUUAGCUCAGAAGAUAAGAGCUGUGAAUCUAAUAAUUUUGAAGGAAAUUUUAAUUUGGAAGGCCCUUCUCAAUCAGUGACACUUCAACUUCCAGAAGCCAACAACAAAGUUGACCUUAGGAAUGAUCUAAAAAAUGUUGGCCUAAAGGAUAAGAGCUGUGAAUCUAAUGUUUCUGCAGUGGGUUGUGAUCCUUCAUCCGAGUCAGUGACUGAUAAAGAACAGCUUUUCAUGUUAAACCAUACAGCUCUAGAAGGUAGGAUCUGUGAACCUUGUGUUUCUCAUAUGAAUACUCACUAUGAUCUCUCUCUGCAUUCUGGCAUUCAUCAGCCUCAAGGAACUGUUACUAAAAUGGACUCAGUUAAGAAGGUAUCUUUUAACCUGGAAAAAAAGAACCAUGAUUUCCAAUCCAGUUCUGUUCCCAUUCUUGAUUCUGUAAGGAACCUGGAAAAAGCAAAGGAGGUCAUAGAAGAUAACCCUGAUGAACCAGUUCUAGAAGCCUUGCCUAAUGUUCCUCCUUCAUUUGUAGGCAAAACGUGGUCUCAAAUCAUGAUUGAAGAUGACAUGAAAAUUAAUGCACUUGUGAAGGAAUUUAGAGAAGGUCGUUUCCACUGUUACUUUGAUGAUGACCGUGAGACUGGAGACAUUUCUUUGAAUGAGGAAAAAAAGAAUACCUGGGCUGACCGUAACUGGGACAUUGCAUCAAUUCAAGCUGUGUCAGAUCAUGGUGAUAUUGCUGGCGGUAUUUCAGAUACUGAUAACUUUUCAGUAGCCUUGAAUCAUCCACCACUUCAUCCUCCAGCAGAAAGGUUUCCUAAACAAAAGUGGCAUGUGUCUUCAUGUGAGGUCGCAAAAGUCAGCCAUGGAGCUCAUACCAAGUUUAUUAAUUUCUCAGUGAUGAAAAGAAGAAUGGUUAGCCAAGAGGAAGGAUCACCAAAAAGGAAGCAUUUACGUUUACAGAGCAACAGGAAAACAAAAAAAGUAAAAAGUGGGACAGUCGAAUUUCCUGUAUCAUGUACUAAAAUGUUGAGGACUGUGCAACCCAAAGACUUAUUCCGUGUUCUUUCUUCUCUAAAUAUUAAACUGAAGGAUGGUGAAUCCUUCCAUUUUUCUAAAAUGAAGCCCCGUAGUGGGGGUAAUAAUACACAUAGGCUUAUAUACAAAUGUAAAAAGAAUGCCUUUAAUAAUUAUCACCCAUUGAUUAAGCAAAUUGUAAUUAAACCUCCACUGAAUGUAAUUGUCCCAGAGUCUGUCAGGCGUAACCGGGUUAGAAUCCGUCUUAACAAGAGCAUCCAAAAUUCCAGUGAAGGAGAUGAUGCUGCUAAUGGACAGAGCUCUGCUUCAGCACCUUUCAGGACAGUGCCAGCAAGAUACAGAUUCAAUUCGUUUUACGGGACUGGUGGAUCUGCUGUGCAUCCAGAAAAACCAGCAGUUCUAAGUGUUAGUGAGGUGCCAAAGAAAAGUAAUUUCCGGCUAACUCUUUUAACUCGUGAUGUUGCCAAAAUGUCUCCAAAAUCUGUUAGAAAUAAAUUUGUAGAAAGUAAAGGUAAAGAGAAAAUUCAGGGGAAGAAGGUGACAACUAAUAAUAAGCCACGUUUCCCCCAAGAGGUUUAUAAACCAGUUAUUCUUCGGCAGAAAAACAGAAUAGCUUCAGAGGAGUCCAUUUGGAUUCGGACUAAACCAAAUGAUAUUAUUAGAAAGUAUAUUUCGAAAUACUCUGUUUUUUUGCGUCACAGAUACCAAUCCAGAAGCGCCUUUAUUGGAAUGCACCGAAAGAAGAAAUCAGUUGUCAGUAAGCCAAAGAAGGCGAAAAAGCCAGCUAAAACGCUGCUGCAGUCCUCAGUUCCACCAGCUGGAGCCGAAGAGCAGUUAAAAGCUGUAGCAAGUCCUCCUCCAAAACAACCUGAGCGGCCUUCUUCCAGCGAUGCCGGAAGGAAGAAGAAUGGUAAUACAAAGUGCCCUAGCAAAAAGAAAAAGCCCAUUAGACCUGUUAGAGAAUAUGCUUUGAGAAGUUUAUCUUAUAUACCACAUUCUGAUCGAAUAAUGACUCGACUAGCGAACAAAUUGAGGAGCAGUAGUGAGGCAAAAUAAAAGAAGUUUUUGUGUUAAGGCUAAUUGAGAGUUCGGUACUUUGAUUGAAUUAUAUUUGUUACUUAGUGCACAUAGCUUUCCCAACUUUGAUGGAGAAACUAAUCUUGAACUAUUUUGCUAUAGAUGUUAUUUUUCAGAACUUUUAUAUUCAUUUAAAUUUACUGUGUAGGCUUCUUUUUUUUAGAAAGAUCCAUAAGCAGCCUUUUGUCCAACAUUUUCUAUAAAAGAGAUUCAUCAUAAUUUUAUGUCAUAAUGUGAUUUAGCACAGUACAUAGAAUUUUGUUUCUCAAAUCAUGCUCCUCUUAUUUCUUAUGAUUACCUCACUCAUGCUGGCAAUUAUAAUUUUCUGAGGAUGAAUAUAGCAAAUUUAAUGCUAUCUUACUACUUUAAAAAAAUGGAACUAGAGCAUAAAUACCUAUAUGGUAUAUAUUUCAGAGUGGCAUUGUCAAUGUAGUGUUUUAACUGGAUAAUUAUAAAGGAUGAACUAUAUUAACUUUUGAGUGAGACUGACUUAAAUGAUCAAAACAAAAUACAAUUUAUCUUUCUUCUGAAACAUUUCAGACAAUGAGAUUCCAUAAUCUUUAAUCCAGUUUUUAAAAACUACCUGACUUCAUUUGAUUGUGUUUUGUCUUGUUUUGUUUUUUGAUGCCACAGGGCAUGGGCACUGACCAGAGGGAGAUAGGAAGAAAGCAUGUUCACACGAACAUUUGGGUGUGUUCACACCAGAAUUCCUUCUCCUCCAGUGCUCCAUCCUGUCAGGAUUUUGGGCAUGCAUGUACACGUG